GCAGCGAGAUUUAUGGUCGUUGCUCGUGUUGGAUGGUGUUUUAUUGGGUCAUACGGGCUACGCACAGGUUUGGCAAGGUCAGUUCAGUGGGGUUGAGGAAGAUGAUGGAAUGCGUGAAACAUGCAGUGGGUUGUUUUGAGUGGAUAGUGCUCAGAGGUGGGUGGGGUGGGAUAGGGGGCAAUCUGGGCAGAAGAGGUUGGUUUCUGGAUGCGCACGCAGCAGAGAUUGGAGGAGUUUGUGACGGCUCGGAUGGGUGGAGAAGAUCGACUUUUGCAGCAGAGUGUAAUGAAUUGAGGGGGUUAGGAUUAUUGGUAUUGCGGAGGUUGGGUGAGGAAUGCAGUUGGAGGGAGGAGUUUUGUGGGAAGCAGGCGCAUGUAGUGUUAAGGUGGAGGGUGCCGAUGGAGGUAGGAGCUUGGUAUGAAGUGUGUGAGAGUUGCAGCAGUUGGCGAGCUCAGUUGAAUUAUUGUGAGGGUCGAUAUCAGGCGAUGAAGGGAGGACACAGUGAAGUGGAAGGGAUCUCGGAGUGUUGGGAGGUAAAGGAAAGUGGAAAUGGUAUCAUUUACAAUGGUAUCACACAGAAGCAUGAAGUAACGCCUGCACUGAUGACCACCCCAAUUAGGUCUACAUUUUAACGUUACCGACACUUCAGCGGCCAUUGGAGCGUGGAGGCCACGAAGUCUGGAAGUAUCGGUCCGAGAGAGGGCAGAGCAGCUCCCCCGGGAAGGCUGAGCCCAGUACUCCGGGCUUCCCAUUGCCCACUUCACCAAUCUUGUAUCCUCCCGGAUACCUGCUGCCAUAUCGAUCAAACGCCAAUUUUCUAACUUUGUUGAGAUCGAACUGGUCCCCUUGCUCACUGGUGUCGACGGGGAUGCGAUCCACUGCAAGAGCCAGGGGUCGAGGGAUGUGCAACAAGCCAAUGCAGGUUCCAGCGAAGAAUUUCAACGUGGUUCGAGCGAAAAUCUGGAGCCACUGUGGCUGCUUCGGGUACCCAAAGGCCUCCCUUAGGCGAUCGUCUGGCAUGGCGAAUAUGGGGACGGAAAACAGGCAACGUGAAUUUCGGUACAGUCUGAAGAAGCAAGCCCACGGUUAUGUCGGCGAUCUUGCGGUUCGUGUCCGCUUACACCUUGUGCUUUACCUCGUACUCCUCUUGCCACUUCUCGAGUGCCUGCAGCGGCCACAGUGGGAGUGAGGGAGGGAAUGACAAAGAGAGUUAUUCUCACUUGUUUAGGAAUCUCUUAACCCUAUGCUUCAGUGACGUCCGUGUUCGAAAUGCAGAGAGAGUGUUUGCGAAAAACAUACCUCUAGAUCUUCAGGAAUGUCCUUGAUGCCCAUUCUGAUGCCUAUAUCUCUCCACGAUACAAAAUUGGCCAGUUUCUCUGCUGUUGUCAUGUCCCUGAAACCAUAUCUGCCCAGAGUGCGGUAAUUGCAGCGUUAGUGACAUUGAAAACAACUGAUAUGUAGUCGGAAUCUGUCGAUGCAUUAGGGUGCAACAAACCAAACAACUGUAUGUUCGGAGACUUAUCUAGCUAUACUUGAAAAAGUGGCUUCA